AUGCCACAAGAUGCAGUUGCGGAUAAUACAUCACUAGAAGUACAUUUACAAGAAGUAGCUAUAGAACAUAAUUUACUGACAUGUUCUGCGGCUGAUGUUAUUUUGUUUGAAGUAAUUGGACUUGAUUACACACUAUUUUUGGUACACGAACACGAACGCAUAGUGGCAUUGUUAUCCUCAUCAACACAACAGAUCACCGUCGACGUCAACAAAGAAAACCGGCCAGACGCCGAAAGCACACGGGUGACUUUUCCCGGUGAUUUAUAG